AUGGCAGAAAUAAUAGGCAUAUCUUCGGGGCUGGUAGCCUUGGUAGGAUUUGCGCUAAAGUCCAGCACCCUGCUCUACGAUACGGUCCAGAGCUAUCGCAGCCAUCCCAAGAACGUACGCGACCUAGUGGAUGAGCUCGAAGCACUCGAUGUAGUCCUACGGGCGCUAUCCGAGACGGUGGAGCAAACCAAGGAUACGGAUUUCACGGCUCUUAAGUUACCGUUGCUCCGAUGCGGAAAUGCUUGCAAGGACUUCGGCGAGCUGAUCGCGAAAUGCUCGUCGCGCUCUGGUGGGUCAAAAACGAGCUUUCGCGACUGGGCGAAGCUGAAGUACAUGGGUGACGGUAUCGACGAGUUUCGUAGGAUGCUGGCUGGGUAUAAGUCAACGAUAAACAUCGCGCUUGCAGACGCGAACCUCCGCCAGUCCUCGGUCACCACCGAAGGGCUCGAAGCAUACAAAGUUAUGAUCAAGGAUGCUACGACCGAUCUUGAAGACCGUCUCCAGAGCAUCGACGAAAAACUUGAAUCCACGUUCUCACGAGCCGCCAGCGAGUCUGACGAGGAGGCAAUCCAAAUGCGGCAGAUGCAGGAGGAGCGGUCGAGCACGCAGCAAGGCCUCGCAAUUUGCGCUCAGUUAUCCGCUCAUAUCUCCCGGAUCCAGCCCCUAUUAGCGGCCGAUCAUAGUCAGCGCUCCACUGAUGCACACGCGAUACCUCCUGCUGUAGCCGAGCGUAUCACCAGAGAAGGUCUAGAAGAAUGCCAAGACACUCUUAGCAAUACGGCGAAGCGACUGGAAAAGCACUUGCAGAGCAUAAUGGAUCGGCUCAUGGCGAAGUCCAAGAUGGCUCUAUCGUCAUCCCAGGAUGCAGCUGAUCUCGGAAGGCUGCAGGAGGAAUGGGAUACGGCGCGGCUUUGUCUGGACAUUUGUUCCAAGGCCAACGAAAAUGUGACAAAAGUAACAAUCAAUGUUUUCGAGAACAUUAAGGGGGACGAAGACAUACUUCAGUUCUUCGCUUCUGCGACCGGGAAGAUCGUACAUGCUAAGAACAUAACGCUCGGGCAGAGGGGCGUGCAAUUUGGGGGGCAGCUCAGCGAUGCUUCGAUCCAACAAAUUUCGCAAGACUUUUCUCGCACUGCGUACAUCGCGCCGAUGGAUCCUGCGCCAGAAAUGGCCACUCCUGCGGAUAGGGCUGGCAUCUCAGUGUUCCGCGAUCGUUACGGGCCAGGGUUUAAGCUUAGCCCACAAGACGGCGCUUUGUCGUCAUCGGCAGGGCAGCAGGAACAAUGA